CUUUGACCCUCCCCAUGAGUUCACCUCUUGCAAUCUGUGGGAUUAUCAGUAUUAUCUCACGGCACAAGAUGCACAAUGCAUUCUCAAUGACCCCUUGAGCACAGAUAUUGUUACAACUACCGUUUGUGGGAAUGGCUUUGUGGAAGCAGGAGAAGAUUGUGAUUGUGGAGAUCCAGAGUUCAAGAAAGCAGGAGAAGUGUGCCGGGCAACAAAGGAUGACUGUGACUUGCCUGAACAUUGCACUGGCCAAACUGCGGAGUGUCCCAUAGAUCACUUCCACAAGAAUGGACACCCAUGCCGAAACAACUUGGGUUACUGCAUCAAGGGGAUUUGUCCCACAUUGGCUGACCAAUGUAUUGCUCUCUUUGGACCAGAUGCAAAAGUGGCUCCAGAUGAAUGUUUUGAGAAUAACCAGAAAGGAGAUGACAUUAACUACUGCAAAAAACAAAAUGAAACAAAAAUUCCAUGUGAACCACAGGAUGUAAAAUGUGGGAGAUUAUACUGCACAGUUGAUUCAACUGAUGAGAAUUCAUGUAAAUACCACUUUUCAAAAGGAAACCCAAAUAAUGGAAUGGUUUAUAUUGGAACAAAGUGUGCAGAAGGAAAGGU